UUCAGCUCAGAGCGUCGCGGAGGGAUCUGCGCAGUCGCAGACAGCAUGGCGGCGGCUGCACGAUCGCAGGUGAUGUUUCUGUACAGGACGAUGCUCCGAGAGAGCGCGAAGUUCCCGUCAUACAACUACAGAAACUAUGCUCUACGGCGUGUCCGUGAUGCCUUCAAGGCCAACAGAAAUGUAGAUGAUCCAAAGGCUGUGGAGAGACUGAUGGAGGAGGGAUGGCAGACUCUGGCACUGAUACAGAGACAGGUCUCCAUAGGGAAGAUGUACGAGGCCCAGAAGACUGUGGUCGAUUAACAGGAGGCGGAGUCAGACGGGAUGUGACAUCAGCGAGCAAAUCACUGCCCCGACCUCCAAAAGCAAGAACACCCAGCAGCUCCUCGUCUGGAUGAAACUCUUUAAUGUCACUGUGAACGGGUGGGGGAGGGGGAGAUGCAUUAUGGGAGAUGUAGGAGGGUAGAGGUGGAGUUUAGUGCUUGAGUUUUGUUUUCUGGGACGCACCAAUCAGAACGUUUGAUGAGUCACGGGUCAGCGAUGAUGCGUUCACUGAGAAACUGAAACAUUCGUAAAUAAAUUCACUUUAAUCAAAGCUGGAGCAGAUUUUCAGUUUAAAAGCUUCCAAAUGAAAUAAAGAUGAAUGAAGCGAUCGA